CUUAGACGCCGAGCCAGGAUGGUGCGCCUGCAGCAGCCCCUGCCGCUCGUGGUCGUGCAGAGUUUCCUCCAGCUCAUAUUAUGCGAUGCUAAGCAAAUCAUACAUGCUGCAGACAUACUGGACUGGGAAGACAAAGAUGCCGCAGACACACUGGUUGAUAACGUUGCCCACUCAAGGAUUAUCAACCCUCUACGCCUCUUCGUUAAGCCAUCUCCAGCACUCAAACAUGGGCAGAUGUCAUAUUCAGACAGCAUAGACAACUUUUGGGAUUGGCUGUCCAACAUCACUGAAGUUCAGGAAUCUCUUGCACGAACUAAACGCAGACCAAUUGUAAAAACUGGGAAAUUCAAGAAAAUGUUUGGCUGGGGAGACUUCCAUUCCAACAUCAAAACUGUGAAGCUGAAUCUUCUCAUUACUGGGAAAAUUGUUGACCAUGGCAAUGGAACCUUCAGUGUUUAUUUCCGGCAUAAUUCAACAGGCCUUGGGAAUGUUUCUGUGAGCCUGGUGCCGCCUUCCAAAGUGGUAGAGUUUGAAUCUUCACCACAGUCUACACUAGAGACCAAGGAGUCCAAGUCUUUCAACUGUCGAAUUGAAUAUGAGAAAACUGACAGGGCUAAGAAAACUGCACUGUGCAACUUUGACCCAUCAAAGAUCUGCUACCAAGAGCAGACCCAAAGCCAUGUAUCCUGGUUGUGCUCCAAACCAUUUAAAGUGAUUUGUAUUUACAUUGCUUUUUACAGCGUUGAUUACAAACUGGUGCAGAAGGUCUGCCCUGACUAUAACUAUCACAGCGAAACACCAUAUUUGUCCUCUGGAUGAU